AUGGGUUUGAGAUUUAAACAGGUGUUGUUACUAUUUCUCUUUGUUUCAUUGUUGAAUAAUAAUGUCUACGCCGAACAUGAAAAGGAAACUUCACAGAAGUUAAGAACUGCUCCACAAUGGAAAGAAGGGAGUGGGGUGAUAGAUGGGUCAGGCACAGAGCAUGUUUUUAGUUCUGAAAUUAUUAAUAAUGAAAUGGAUGAUUGGAAGGGUGGAAACAACCGAGUUUCUGUGUCAACAGUUGCAUUUUUCACUAUGGCAAUGGCUGCAGCUACUGGUUUAGGUGCUGUGCCAUUCUUUUUUGUGGAGAUUGAUGCUAAAUUGGCUGGAAUAUGUAAUGGGAUGGCUGCAGGAGUAAUGUUGGCAGCUAGCUUUGAUCUUAUACAAGAAGGACAGGGCCAUGGUAGUGGGAGCUGGGUUGUGUUGGGUAUUUUGGCAGGUGGCAUUUUCAUUUGGCUUUGCAAGAAGUUUCUUGAGCAAUAUGGUGAAGUGAGCAUGUUGGAUAUAAAAGGAGCAGAAGCAGCUAAAGUCAUUCUUGUUGUUGGAAUUAUGACCCUUCAUUCUUUUGGAGAGGGCUCUGGUGUUGGAGUAUCCUUUGCUGGGUCCAAGGGUUUAUCUCAGGGGAUUUUGGUUACCUUGGCCAUUGCCGUUCACAAUAUACCAGAGGGAUUAGCUGUUAGUAUGGUUCUUGCAUCGAGAGGGGUCUCUCCACAGAAAGCUAUGUUAUGGAGUGUGAUUACAUCACUGCCACAGCCUAUUGUAGCAGUGCCAUCUUUUAUAUGUGCUGACGCAUUCAACAAGUUCCUUCCAUUUGCCACGGGAUUUGCUGCUGGGUGUAUGAUUUGGAUGGUUAUUGCAGAGGUCCUUCCAGAUGGAUUCAAGGAAGCUUCUCCUUCACACGUUGCAUCGGCGGCUACACUUUCUGUGGCAUUCAUGGAAGGUCUGAGUGCAGUGUUUGAACAUCUCAGCCACAACUACGAUGCAGAGGAUGCUUCUGGCUUUUUCGUUUCUCUACUUUUCGGUUUAGGUCCAUUGCUUGGUGGAAUUGCUCUUGUUGCAUUUGCUCUUACUUUCCGUCUUCAGCAUGCUCUCCUAUCUGGCGUGGCCUCCGGAAUUGCUUUUGUUCUUGGUGCUUGGAGACCUCUGCAAUUACUACUGUCUUUCAAGAUGGGGAUAUUUCCUCUCCUGUUUUUGUUAGGGACGGGAUCAGCUUUUGUACAUUUAUCUACGUCUGGAACUAUGAAGCUUGGAAGCCGUAAAAAGACUUCAGCAAAUCCAUUAUCAGCUGUCACUGGCAUUUCAGUUAGUGCGCUAACUUUACAGGCAAUCUUGGCCUGUGUGGCUGUUGCCCUCCACGCCCUCUCUGAGGGUCUUGCAUUAGGAGUGGCUGCACCUAAAGCUUAUGGGCUUGGCCGGCACAUGGUCCUUCCUGUUUCUCUCCAUGGAUUUCCUCGGGGUGCUUCUGUAGCUAGUUGCAUUUACGGGGCGACUGGCAGCUGGCAUGCUUCCUUAUUAUCAGCUGCUUUCAUUGGGUUUGUAGGCCCAUCCUCUGCAAUCGGAGCAAUACUUGCUGGAAUUGACUACAGCGGCCUCGACCAUGUGAUGGUCUUUGCAUGCGGGGGUUUAUUCCCAUGUUUCUCUAGCAUUGUCAGACGAGCUGUUAAGUUAGAUAAACGAAAGAGCAUUUCUGGGCUCAUCAUUGGCGUCGUCUUUGCUAUUGUGUGUCUGAUGUGCACUAAGUUAGUCUGUUUGCACACUCCUUAUUGCAACUCUGCUCCAGAAGCUGUUAGAUGA